CCGUGCAACUCCGGAUACACUUUCAGUUGGCCUACAGGGCCUUCUCUCUUAGCUUCACACACGCACUGACUGGUGCUGGACGGCCUCGGGUUUCACAUAUGACUGAGAAAAUGGACUGAAAAUGCAGCUGUGAAGACCAAGUGCUACUCGAUGUACUAAACGGCAUUGGCGUGUUUAGCGGUAUUUUGGGUGCAAGGAGUGGGUUUGCGGCGCAUCCACUGUCGGGACCGCAAUGGGUGCUGUCGAUGCGGGGACAUGGGCCCUUAGGCUGGCCGUCGGGCUGUUGUCGGGAGCUGUGGGACUCUACGCCCUAUAUAAACUGACAACGUUAAAUCAACAGCAAGAGGAGCAGAUGGGGCGGGGUAGCGGCGACCGGCAGAUAGAGAAGCAGAACUUAGUCCAUCGAGUGUCCGGCCUGAAGGUGGCGGGUGAUAACCGAGGAAUUGCGGAUACUCAGCAGGGGCUUGUACUUGCAAAAUCUCCUGAUGGUUUGGAAAAGCAACAUCUACAAAUGGUUCUGGGUCUACUUCAGGGGUCCUCUGAUUCUUGCACUCGAGAACUAACACUGGUGACUGUAGGUAACAGUGCUGCGUUCACCUCUAAUCAGGAUCUUAUUCGCAGCCUAGGUGGUCUCAGUGUUGUUGCAAAUUGCUUGUCUGAUGAAGUCGCAUCAGUCAAAGUUAAGGCAAUGAAUGCCCUGAAUAAUCUCUCUAUGAAUGUUGCUAACCAAGAAGAGCUGAAGAUUUGGAUCCCUCAAAUAUUGGAGAUCAUAGAGGCCACCACGUUAAACUCUGAGUUGCAAGUAGCUGGCCUUCGAGUGCUGACUAACAUCUCUGUAACCAAUAAUUAUCAUCACAUGAUGACCAACUCCAUUCCUCACUUUCUGAAGCUACUGGUGGAAGGAACUGAAAGCAUAAAGGUUCAGGUAUUAAAAGUCCUGGUAAAUUUGUCUGCAAACCCAGGCUUAACUCAUGACCUUCUCUAUGCUCAGGUGGUUAAUAUGUGUGUAAACCCAGAGUCUUCUAAGGAAGCCACACAGGCACCACUGUCGUUCCUUUUAUUGUUUGACAGCCGUGUAAACAAAGAAGUUCUUCUACGAUUGCUGAUAUUUGUGGCAAAUCUGAAGGAAAAUUUGAAUCUGUUGCAGGGCUCUGUUCAGUAUGAAGUGGAAUCUCUCCAUUCUGUACUAUUUGGGAAUCCAACACCAUUUUCUCAUAAACUUGCAAUGCUCAUGUUGUAUCAAGAUAAUGAAGUGAAACAACAGGUUGCUAGGAUUAUCUCAGACUAAAUUUUCAUUACUUACUUAAUAAGCAAUUCUAUGUUUUAGUGACAAUACGAGCUAAAUGUGUCAAAUUGAAUAUAAAUAUUGAAGUGUCACAGUAAUUUAGCUCACCAUGUUUUAUUCAGUGUCUAUAUAUUGCUUUUGUGUAAUCCGAAGGGGGGAGUAGUUUCCAAUGCUCAUGGAAAUUAUUCUUGUGCCAAAGUUCUUUUUGCUGUUACGUUAUUUGUAAAGGAGUAAUAGGAUCUUAAUCCCAAAAAACUAAUUGUAUAAAGAAAGAUUAAAAAUUUAUUUUGUCUAGUGUUGAAAAUCAUUACAAUAUUUUAAAUGUGUAUAGUGACUUAUCAGGAUUACUGAAGUGUUUUUAUGAAUCACUGUAAACUGAUUUAAUAUGAUUGA